GGGAGAGGGAGGGCACCACCGGAAACGAGGAAGGUGCUGUGUAAUCACACGGGUCCCGAGGCACUUGGAGCUCCUAAAAUGCCGGACUACCUCGGUGCCGAUCAGCGGAAAACCAAAGAAGAUGAGAAGGACGAUAAGCCCAUCCGAGCUCUGGAUGAGGGGGAUAUUGCAUUGCUGAAAACUUAUGGUCAGAGCACUUACUCUAGGCAAAUCAAACAGGUUGAAGAUGACAUUCAACAACUUCUCAAGAAGAUUAAUGAGCUCACUGGAAUUAAAGAGUCUGACACUGGCCUGGCCCCACCAGCACUCUGGGAUUUGGCUGCCGAUAAGCAAACACUCCAGAGUGAACAGCCUUUGCAGGUGGCAAGAUGUACAAAGAUAAUCAACGCUGAUUCGGAGGACCCAAAGUACAUUAUCAAUGUGAAGCAGUUUGCCAAGUUUGUGGUGGAUCUCAGUGAUCAGGUAGCACCUACUGACAUUGAAGAAGGGAUGAGAGUUGGUGUGGACAGAAAUAAGUAUCAGAUUCACAUUCCACUGCCUCCUAAGAUUGACCCCACAGUUACCAUGAUGCAGGUGGAGGAAAAGCCUGAUGUUACAUACAGUGAUGUGGGUGGCUGUAAGGAACAGAUUGAGAAACUUCGAGAAGUAGUGGAAACCCCACUACUUCAUCCAGAGAGGUUCGUUAACCUUGGCAUUGAGCCUCCCAAGGGUGUGCUGCUCUUUGGUCCACCUGGUACAGGCAAGACACUCUGUGCUCGGGCAGUUGCUAACAGGACCGAUGCUUGCUUCAUUCGAGUUAUUGGAUCUGAACUUGUGCAGAAGUAUGUUGGUGAGGGGGCUCGAAUGGUUCGAGAGCUCUUUGAAAUGGCCAGAACCAAGAAAGCCUGCCUUAUCUUCUUUGAUGAAAUCGAUGCUAUUGGAGGGGCCCGUUUUGAUGAUGGUGCUGGGGGUGACAAUGAAGUGCAGAGAACGAUGUUGGAAUUGAUCAACCAGCUGGACGGGUUUGAUCCUCGAGGCAACAUUAAAGUGCUAAUGGCCACAAACAGACCUGACACUCUGGACCCAGCGCUGAUGAGGCCAGGGAGACUGGACAGGAAGAUUGAGUUUAGCUUACCUGAUCUAGAGGGUCGGACUCACAUUUUUAAGAUCCAUGCCCGUUCAAUGAGUGUUGAAAGAGAUAUCAGAUUUGAAUUGUUAGCACGACUCUGUCCAAAUAGCACGGGUGCUGAGAUCAGAAGUGUCUGCACUGAAGCUGGUAUGUUUGCCAUCCGAGCACGGCGAAAAAUUGCUACGGAGAAGGAUUUCUUGGAAGCUGUAAAUAAGGUUAUUAAGUCCUAUGCCAAGUUCAGUGCUACUCCUCGCUACAUGACAUACAACUGAGCCCUGGAGAUGUUCAUGAGAACACUUCUUUUCAUUGGAAUCCUAACCUGACAGAAAGACUUAAUAACCAUUUCACACACAAAAUAAAUGGUUUCAAAAUUGUA